CCAGCUGGUUGUCCUCGAGUAGGAAGUGAUUUGCGCUACGGUCUGAUAUCCGAAAGUUGGAGGCAGGAAUAAAAAUGAAUUUCGUAAACGUUCGUUGUAAUUUGUUGGCAUUAGUCAUUUUUUUCUCACUUUUUGCCUGCCUACACAGUGAAGACUGUAGGACAGGAAUGUAUCCUCCUAAGGGGCCAACGUUUAAAAAAAAUGUUACAUGGUACACGCUGAACCUUGACUUACCCCCUAAUCAGAGGUGGACUCAUGUGAUAAAGGAGAAAAAAGCUGAAUUGGCUGCAAUGAUACAGGCAAUAAAAGACUUAGCCAAUGGCUUCUUCCAUGGUAAAUUACUUCAUUUAGUGGAUAAGGAGUUGCCCUUGAUUGUGGACACGCUCCCAUACCCAUUUAACGAAGAAAUUAAAGGAAUUGCUUCUGUCUCUGAAGUCCCUUUAGGAGAAGUUGUGCUUUUUAAUAUCUUCUAUGAAGUUUUCACAGUGUGCACAUCAGUGGUGACUGAGGACGUAAAUGGAAAUAUAUACCAUGCUCGGAAUUUGGACUUCGGACUGUUCAUGGGUUGGGACCGGAAAAACCAAACAUGGACUCUAACUGAGAAGCUCAAGCCACUUGUGGUGAAUGUUGACUUGAAGCGAAACAACAGAACAGUUUUCAAAUCAACUAGCUUUGCAGGAUAUGUGGGAAUGCUCACUGGCAUUAAACCUAGAGAAUUCACUCUAACGAUGAAUGAACGUUUCAAUAUUGAUGGAGGAUACGUAGGGAUCCUGGAAUGGAUUCUUGGCCUGAGAGAUGGAAUGUGGAUGAGCUUCCUCACACGAAAGGUCCUGGAAAAUGCAACCAGUUAUGAAGAUGCCAGAAACCAGCUUGCUCUGACCAAGUUACUUGCACCAGCCUACUUUAUCCUGGGUGGAAACCAGACAGGCCAGGGUUGUGUGAUAACCAGAAGCAGAAUCGACACACUGGAUGUCUGGGAGAUUAAUAUGAAACUUGGGAGAUGGUACGUUCUUGAAACGAACUAUGACCACUGGGAAAAGCCUUUCUUUUUGGAUGAUCGCCGCACACCAGCUAUGAAAUGCAUGAAUAAAAUCACACAAGCUAACAUUACUUUGCCGACUAUAUAUGAUGUACUUUCAACAAAACCAGUACUAAAUAAGCUAACCACCUAUACUGCACUAAUGGAAGUAUCAACUGGGAGACUCGAAUCUUACAUCAGAGAUUGUCCAAGUCCAUGUACCCCCUGGUGAUUGUCUGAACAUACUGAUAAAGCUGGUAGUGUCUACGCAAGCUGUUUUUAAAGCAUUGCGAUAAUGAUACUCAACCUAUGAAAUGUUACAUUAUAUGUCAUUGACAUUUUUUCCUAUUUUGGAGAUAACCACUUUAAUGUACUAACAAAAGUAUAAAUGUUUUAUGUUGUGCCCAUACUGUGGGGAAAAUACAUCUGGAUGUAGUAUUGUGUGUAAUUUAUAAUUAUUGUAACGUUUGAUUAAUAUUUUUUUUAUAUCCUUUCCAUAUAAGUGUUGUGUUUCUUUCUUUCUUUUUUUUUUUGCUUAUUGUUUUCUUCUUUUCUUAUUGAAAUAAGGCAAGUAUGAAAUAAAUAAUAUAAAAUGUAAAAUCAUAGAAAAUAAAUAAAAUAGCAAAUAAUACACCUACAUUUAAUGGGCAGUCACAAUGCACUUAAUGUAAUAGUCACUUCAGGGAAAAUGUCAAAUUUGCUUUAUGUAUAUAUUAUAUACUGUAUAUAAGUUGUAAAUAUAGCAUUUAAGUUCAUAAAUCCA